UUAGAAUUUUUCGGAGAUGUAUAAUGAUUUUUUGAAGUAAUCAAUUUCAAAAUCUGGAAAUGAAAUUAUUCAGACGGACUUCCGGUCAGACAUCUCUGCCAGCGGGAGAAUUGAAUUCCCAAUUUGACAUCUGGCAUACGUAUUCCACCGAUGAGUGUUUUGACGUUCGUGAUGAUACGUCAGUCGAAGGUCUUUCUUGAGGUAAUGAACAUGAGCUCGCGGAGUUGAAUAAAAAAAUCCAGCAGGAUGGCAUUAUGGAGAGCCAGAAGAUACAUGGAAUACGUGAAAUCAGUGUCAGCGUGCUUUGUUUUCAUCGGGGGAUGCUGGUUCAUGUAUCAACUCCGAGAGAUAUCCGAGAUGCUAAGGUCCACAUUGGCAACAAAUGUCUUAACACUCGAGCAAAAACAGGCCCAAUAUAUCUACCUUGAUGAUCCGAAGUUCAAAGAUCUAUUCGUUCACUCGAUCGACAACGAUCUUCAGUCAUCAAUCAGCGAGACACCCAAGACAUUUUCGCAGGUCAUCACGAAAUGGUGGAAGUCUCUGAACAGGAGUUUGGCUUACAGACUCGUUCAUAUUGCCAACAACGGGCUCAAAGAGGAGAGAUCCAGAGCUAUUUAUACUCUGGGCUCGCUCAAACAUCUUAAAGACUGGCAUUAUCAGCAAUUAGCACAGAUGAUCGAUGCAAAGACUGCAGUGGGUCUCGCUCGAAUAGCCGAUUCAGAUCUCAGGUUCUUCUUGAAGCCCCCCUACUCUCAUCUGAGGAAAAAACUCUACGAAAUUAUUGAUGAACUCCACCAAUUGCUGCAGGAUAUGGAUAAAUUGUGCGAUAAUCAUCACACGUGUUUAACUCGAUUUUUAAAGAAAUCGUUUCAAGAUUUUCAUCGUGAUGAGCUAGUUCUCGAUCAUGAUUUAUCGAGCGUAGGCAUCACAACGGGGUCAGUCGCCUCCUGGGAUCAGCAGCUCCUCCAGAACUGCAUCCAGGCGAUUUAUCAUCACUCGUCAAUAGAGCAAUUCAGUCGUGCCAUUGCAGUAGCAGGUGGUCUCCCAAUUCUGAUGCAAGUCCAGCAACGAUUCCCUAGUAAUAUUGACCUCUCCAUUCUUCUCGCGAAGAUCAUUUCAAAUCUAUCCCUGCACAGCGAAUACCUGGAGGACAUCUACAUGUCAGGAUGGAUUGGAGUACUUGCCUCGUGGGCGAGGCACGAGGACGUAAGGGUCGCAGCCCCAGCUGCCAGGGCCCUCGCCAAUCUGGACCUCGAUUUUCAUGGAGACGAAAAAUUUCACAAAAGGAUUUACCUGCUCCACCCCAUGCAUCGAGUCUCGACGAAGGCUGAGAUGGAUGUUAUUUUUAUCCAUGGAUUGUUGGGAGGGAUCUUUGUCUCCUGGAGACAGCGAAAUGAGGACUUCCCAGCGAAUGUGCAUAAUUCACAAAUGACUUUUGAGACUGAAACUCUGGAUCUCGCCAUUGGUGAUCAGCCAAACGAAUUUAUAAAAGAUCUCGCACGUGAUAUGCAGCUGCGGGAAUGGAAGCAAAUUGGUCAAGAUUUCGAAAUUGUUCUGGAUGACUGUCCAGUGUCUAUGAAUUCACGCGCCUGUGGCCCCUUCACUUGCAAAGGGGACGACUACUGCGUGGAGCAGAGAGAGCUAGACCAGCAUGUGAGGACUGAGUGUUGGCCGAAAGACUGGUUGCCAAAAGAUUUGCCCCAUAUCCGAGUAAUUGGGAUUAAUUACGAUACAAAUUUGUCCCUGUGGAGUCUACCAUGUCCGAUAGAAAGUAUGAGGAGCACGUUGGACGAGAGGAGUAACGAGUUCACUGGGAAAUUAUUGGUUGCAGGCGUUGGAAAACGCCCUGUUGUCUGGAUCUGCCACUCAAUGGGCGGAUUAUUAGUGAAACGAAUGCUCGUGGAGGAGUGGAAGAAAGGCGAUCCCCAUGAAUUAUGCAAGGAGACAAAGGCAAUAUUUUUCUACAGCACUCCACACCGUGGCUCACACAUUGCUGCACUCAAACGAACAACUCAAAUGCUCGUUUGGCCUUCCAUUGAAGUGCAAGAGUUGAGAGAAGAGUCACCAAAAUUACUGAAGCUCCACGAGGACUUCCUGAAUAUGCUGCAAGAGUACAAAAUCGAAAUAGUAAGUUUCAGCGAGACCAAACCCACCCCCGUGACAGCCCUGAAGUUUCCUCUCCAAUUCGUGACACCGAAGUCAGCAGAUCCUGGUGUGGGGGAGUUUUACGAAAUUCCCCAGGACCACUUGUACAUCUGCAAACCAGCACAUAGACAAUCCUUUUUGUACCGCAAAGUGUUGAGUGUUCUUAAGGAAUAUUCCCCCAAGAGUUGAUAACCAAAUAUUGUCCGAUUGAAUGAGGAGGUCAACUGAUACUGCACUGCUUUCGUAUCCCUGGAAUUUGCUGCUUGACUGCGAGGGCUGGUAAUAGUAUCCAUUCCAUUCCGAUCUCCAACUGUCGUAAACAUUGUAUUUCUUCUCGUCCUGCCGAAUUCCAUCAACCAAAAUCUAAAUCAAGAUCGAUGAAAAUUGAAAAUUUCUUUUCUAUUUCUCUCAAUACGAUAGACUCUCGUUAUAGUUGCGUGCAUGAAUAUACGAGAGAAAUUUAUUUUUCGGCUUUAUUUUGCCCGGAAUUUAAUUGCUCAUCGGAGGAAAUGAUGAAUUAUUUACAUGUCGAAGCCUGGAGGUAGGAAAAUGGAGGAGCCGAAAGAUACGCGACGAAAGAAAUUGGGGAGAGGUGCGACUAUAACGGAAUUCUACUGUAUGUUGUAUAAUUAUAAAUAUUAAUUAAUAUCAAAUAAAAUUAUUAAUUGUGCCAUCUAUUAUGAGAAUAGCUUUAUUCAA